AUUAAAAAAGAUGACUUUUGUCGUAUGUAUAUUUAUUGGGGAUCCUGGUAGGGAUAUUGGUUUUAUUUUGUAUAAAUUGAUUUGUUUACCAUAAUCGAAAUAUAGUUUACCAGCAGAUAAGAAGUAGUUAAGUAAUUCACACAAGCCUGAAGCAGCAUGAAGGGCUUAAUUCUCGCAGUGGCUCUUAUAGGCUGUGUCCAGUCAGCCAAACUCGAUAACUUACGUUAUCUGCCUCCAGAUAAUCGACCAAACAUUCCAAGGGAGGACCAAGGCUUAUCUGCUCCCAACUCUAAUAUUCAACCUACAAUAAAUCAAAUUGUAACCGGAUACAGCUCUACUGGAGGAUGUGGAUCUUCUUCAGGCAGCUCUUGUAGCGGAUCUUCGGGAAUUCAAAACCCAUCACCUUCAACUGCUGCCUCUAAGUCCUUUGGUGGUCCCUCAAAACCCUUUGCUAGCUCAGCUCCAAGUUCUCCUGUAGCAAGCGGAAGCAUUUCAAGCGUUUCAAACUUUGCACAAAACGGCCCUUCUUCAAGCAAUUUUGGAUCUAAUCAGCCUUUUAGUGCAUACGGUGCUCCACAACAACCUUCAUCUAGCUCACAAUAUAAGUAUCAAUCGGCAUCUCAAAAUCAGAUUCCAAUUAUUAAGUUAGAUACUCAAAAUAAUGGCGACGGGAGCUACAAAACUGAAUAUGAAACUGCUAAUGGUAUUCAAGCUCAGGAACAAGGCCAACCUCAAGCUAAUGGUGAAGUAGUACAGGGAUCCUUCUCUUACACCUCCCCCGAAGGUGAAAAGAUCGGUGUCAGCUAUACUGCAGACGAAACAGGCUAUCAUCCACAAGGAGACAAUAUUCCCACUCCUCCUCCUGUACCUGAUGCGAUCUUAAAAAGCAUUGAGUAUAACAAUGCUCAUCCUGAAGAAGAAGAUAACGCUGGAUCUUACAGUGGAAAUGGUCAAUAUCGUGGAAGUUCCAACCAAUAUUUGGCUCCUCAACAACCAACCGGAAAUCAAAAAUCGUUUACAUCUUCAUCUUUUCAAAGUUCAGGUUUUGCCAGUUCUAAAUACCCAUCUGGAAGUUCAACUGCCUUAAAUUACGGCACAUCGACUUCUGGAACUUUCACCGCUUCUUCUCAACCAUCGUCUCAAUAUGCUUCUUCUACAUUUGCUGGUCAGAAUCAACAGCCAAGUGGUUCAUAUAAUUCCGGUAUUCAAUCGCAAGUUCCUCAAGAUAAUCCACAAGAAUCAAAUGAAUUUAGUUCCAGCCAGGUAUCUCCUUCAAGCCACUCUUCAGUGACACAAAAAAAUCAAUAUUCGGGUUCUUCAGCUUUCCAAACCUCUCGACCUUCUCAACCUGUAAGUUCAACCAUAGCCAGUCAAUCGGGUUACCAGUAUAGUUCUCCCUCUGUUUCAUAUGGAGCUUCAGGAGUGUCGAAACCUCAUCAAGCUAGUGGUCAGGGUCCAACCUUUGGUUUCACCCCUGGUUCUGUUGUUUCAGCUAGCCAAGGAGCAUUUGGAAAAUCUUCUUCACCAACAUACCAGCCUAGCUUUGGUCAAAGUUCUUCCGGAUCCAAUGCUAACCAAGCCACUUCAAGCAGUCCUGUAAUUCAAGGCACAGGUUUUUCAUCUCAAUCAUAUAACCAGGGACCAUCUCAAACAAAAUAUCAACAUAGCACACCAUCCGCGUCCUAUGGAAGUGUAGGUCAAACUUCUAAAAUUCAACCUGCUACUAAUCAAGGUGCUACUAGAUAUAGCUAUAGCGGUUCAGGUUCUAUUGGAUGUGGUACCUCAGGAUCUUGUAGUGGGUCUUCCUUCAAUUGCGGACCUGAUUCUUCUAGUCCCUGCAAUGGUGGUCAAGGAGCAUCAUCUGCAUCGUCAGGUGCUUCUAGCUUAAACUACAAUGGAGGCUUUUCAGCUGGAUCUUCCACUGCACCGUUAGGCCACACUGGUGGAUCUUCAACCUUUGGAAAUACUGGAAACAGUCAGCCAAAUUCUUAUAAUCAAGCUGGCAAGGGAACGGGUGAAUUCGGUCCCGGAUUUUCUGCAGGACAUGUAAAUCCAGUAAAUACUCCCGGUGUUCAAGCACAAGAUGCAAAUGGUGGAUACUUAUACUAAAAUUAUUUUUCAGGAUAUGUAAUAAUUUGUAAUUGAUUUAUAUAGGUGUAUAUUAUUAAUGUAACUGCCGAAAAGCCUAUAAUGUAAUGCUUUCUUGUAAUAAAUGUUUUUUUUCAA